CAUCCCGCUGCCUCUGCGCAUGCUCCUGCGUAAACAAUAUGUUGGGGAAAUUAGGUGUCUCUCUUUGGGAAGUCGAGUUUUAAAAAGCUCGGGCAGACCAUGAUAUGACGACUUCACUGAUCUUGCAUCCACGCUGGGCGGAUACCUUCAUGUACGUGUAUGAGGAGAACCCGAAUGAAAAUAACCAGAAUAAAAUCCCAGCAAUGGAAGGGCUAAGUGGGAACUGCCCAGCUACCCACUGCAGGGAUUUAAUCAGUCACCCGGUAUUGGGUCGUCAUUCCAGCACCAUUGGGACUCACCAGGGUUCUGUCUACACGGAUAUACCUGCUCCAGAUGCCGCCAGGCAGUGCCCCGCGCCACCAGCCUCCUCCAACGCCACCUUGGGCUAUGGCUAUCCUUUUGGAGGCAGCUACUACGGAUGCCGAUUGUCCCAUUCCCACAACGUGAACUUACAACAGAAGCCUUGUUCGUACCACCCAGCUGAAAAAUACCCCGAGCCCAGCGGCUCCCUCCCCAGCGAAGAACUAUCCUCAAGGGCCAAAGAGUUUGCUUUUUACCCGAGCUUUGCCAGCUCCUACCAGGCGGUUCCUGGUUAUUUGGACGUAUCAGUGGUUCCAGGUAUCAGUGGCCACCCAGAACCAAGACACGACGCGCUGCUUCCCAUGGAAGGAUACCAACACUGGGCUCUUUCUAAUGGUUGGGACGGGCAGGUCUAUUGCUCGAAGGAGCAAUCACAGUCUACCCAUCUCUGGAAAUCACCUUUCCCAGGUAGGGUGCUCUUGAGAUCGACUUCUGCGCUUUUUUGCUCCGGCAUGAUCGCGUGCAUAUGCUAUAUCUUUAACCGCCCAGGUAAAAUAGGCUUUGGGACGCUUGCAUGGGCACGUAUGGGGAAGAAGGUGAAACAAAGCAGCCGGUUCUCAUAUCCAGAUACGUACCUUGGAGCUCCAGGGUGCUUUCGCAGCCAGUUUGGCAGCUGCACUCCUGUGUCUGUCUGUGUAUGUGCGUGCGUGCCCCUCCUUCCCUCGCUGCGUUGGCUCCCUUACCUGGAUCUCUAUCUUUUUCUUUGAUUCCCCCCCCCCCCGCACGCUUUGAAUAUUUUAAAUUAAAUUUCAGAACAUAGGAAGAGGUGGCACCUCUCUCCCUCUCUCCCCCUCUCUUUCUCUUUACUCAGAAAGGCUGCGCUUUUCGGAAAGGUACAGUAAAUCAUAUUGCAAUUACAGAAGUAGCUGUCAAGUGACAUGAAUCUUACAAAAUGAACCUUGUAAGACGAGUGGGGAGAGAACGAGAAAUAAGGCGCUGCUUUUGCCUCUGGUUAGAAAUCUGGAAUGAGUGACAGCCUGCGAGUAACCCUGAAAGCUGGGAGUGCUCCGGGCUUAUCUUACUGCCUUACCACUUAGAACAGGGAGGGAGGGAGCGAGAGGGAGAGGGAGAGGGAGAAAGAUGAAAGACCAACGGACGUCUCCUUUGCUCUUGGGGUCCCCACCUUGUAAUCAAUAAGCAGGCCCCUCUUAAUGAUUCGAAUGGAUGGAUUGGAGCGAAGAGAUUAAGAUAAAGUAACCGGGGAAAUAAAUAAAUAAGGGGGUGGAGUUAGGAGGAGAACACACACACACAUUUAUCUUAGGAAUACUGGAGAGGGGAUACCCCAUCGGAUAAGACAGGGCUUGCCAACAAUGCCUGCGCAGAGCGUUGCAUGAUGGGUUUUCCCUUUCCAUGGGAAGAGGAAUCAGAGUGUAGCGAGUGUGGGAGAGAAGGCCUAUCUAGAUCUUAACUGUGUUGGAGCCACAUAUUGGUGUCAGAGCUUGGAAGGGUCGAUGGCUAGGGGAAAGUCCCCCACCCCGCGCUUUUUUUAAAAAAAAGAAGGCAUUGAGACUUCUUUGCGGAAGCUGAAGGGAGGGUUCGGCGAGUGGGGGAGAGAGGUCCAUGGGAUUCCUAGCAUGAGAUGACUUCCCCCAUCUUCAUUGCUUUCACCCGCCUGGCUAAAAUGUAGUUGAGGUUGGAAGGACCUGCUCCGUGCGUUACUAUUGCUCGGGAGGAAGGUGGAAGACGUUGUAAAUGAACUUCUCUUCUCUUCCCACACCCCCCCAACCCGCCCCAUUACCUUAUUUAUUCUGAUCCCAUUUUUGUAUAGCCCUGAUAAUAUUAUUAAGCCCCCAUACACCAAUUCCCAAACAUUGAGAGGUGUGUGAGAGACAGCGCGCUCGCAGUAGUGUGAACCACAAUUUUGUCUUGCUUUCCUAUCCUUGGGCCUUGAUAGGAUUCCCAGUAAACGUUGCUUAUAUAGAUACUUCUUAGAAACAAAGGAAGAGCAAUCGCACGGAGAAGUGUGUCUUCAAAAGCAGUUCAGGCUGUUUCUUUAUUUUAUAUCUGUUAUGGAACAGACCGGCUGGGGUAACUGGAGAGAUUUUCGCUUUGCUUCGAUAGGGAUCCCCUCUUUUUUCAGUGUUUAUAUUAUUAUUCCGCAAACCACUCUUACUUCGUAUCGAGUCUUAAGCCUGCAUCUUUAGAUCAAGAAGCCAUGGGAAGGGAGGGACUUGAUGCGCAAGUGAUUACAGUUAAUCAUGAAGAAUUGGCAUAGACAGCCUUAGCAUAAGGGGCUAUUAAGGAGAAGACUGAAUGCAUUAGGGGUGAUGAGAAUUCAUUGAUUCCCCAGCCGGUUCUGGACCAGGAGUAGGUAGGUAACAUUUCUCAACAGCGUGAGUACCGUCAAAAAAGCCGCUGGGCCCUUUUAUUUUAUUUAAUGCCUCUACCAUAAGCGACAAAGGAUGUGGACAGGCUAGUUCAAGGUCCCUCAAGCUUGCAGAUGGUCCUUGUGUUGCAUAGAUCAAUCAGUGCGGAGCGUCUCUAGAACAACACAGACGCGCGCACUCACACACACACGGCUGAUUCCCCUCACCAAGUCCCCUACCCGGAUCCUACGAGCUAGCAUAAUUAAUGAGGUCGCCUAGGCUAUCAGAGGUUCUGUCUUUUAAAACGACAGAUUAAAAUUGACCGGAUGCUUAGAAGGGGAGUGAAGAGCUGAAGGUUAGAUUCUGUCUCCAAUUUUUACUAAUUUUGGAGCUAACGUUAAGGGUGCUGUGCUUGCGAAAUGCCUGGUCCGUGACUUGGUGCUCUUUCUUUAUAUCUGUCCUGGACAAAUAUCGCCUGGAAUAGUAGCAGUUCCCCCCCCCCCCGCCCUAUGCUAAUAUAUUAAUACUUUGCUCAGCCAGCCAGCCCAUCCGAGUCCCAGCACCUCCCGCUCUUUCUUUCCCUCGGUCUUUCCUCUUCGCAUUUCCCCCUCUUCCUCUAAUUUAUAUCCUUUUCCCCACACGCAUACAAACUCCUUUUCUUAUUUCUCUCUCUGUUCUCUCCAUAAUGUCUGGCACAGACAUUGUCCAGUUAGUUUACCAGAUGCUGUUUAAUGUAACAUACACCCUCUCUCUCUCUCUCUCUCUCUCUCUCUCUCUCUCUCUCUCUCUUUCUCUCUCCUUCCACGUUCUCUCUCUCCUGCUUUUUUUUCCCUUUCCUGUUCUCCUCAUCUUUACAGAUGUGGUACCUCUCCAGCCCGAAGUGAGCAGCUACCGUAGGGGUCGAAAGAAAAGAGUCCCCUACACGAAAAUCCAGCUGAAAGAAUUAGAAAAGGAAUACGCCGCCAGCAAGUUCAUUACCAAAGAGAAGCGAAGAAGGAUUUCGGCGACCACUAAUCUUUCCGAGCGCCAGGUCACGAUCUGGUUUCAGAAUCGCAGGGUGAAAGAGAAAAAAGUCGUUAGCAAAUCUAAGACACCUCACCUUCACGCUACCUGACAAAGAAAUCUCUCCGGAGGGGGAAAAAGAUAAAAUUAAAAAAGAAAGGGGGAGAGAAACAAACAAACAAAUACAAAUAUUUAUCUGGUAAAUUUGUAUAAAUAAGAACACGCAUUCGAACUCUUUGAAUAAUCUGAUUAUUUAAAAACACCAAGGCGGAGGGGGCGGGCAUUAAACCGCCAUCUUCGGUUUAUUUUGUCCCUGCGUUGCCGUCUCGAACUGUGAAUCCGGUCGCCCUUUUUAAACAUUCAUUUUGAUAUGGUUUUCAAUGUGCACAUUUAGCAAGGAGGGGGGUGGAGAAAGAGGGGAGGGGAGAACACACACAUACAAAUAUGUAGAUUUGCUACGUUGGAAUCCUGAAUGUUAUUUUGUAGCUCUGUAUCAUAGUCCAAGCCUCUCCCCUUGCAGCUGAACAAAGAUUUUCCAUUUCUUUGGCUGUUUCUGAUGGUGUAAAAAUAAUAAUAAUUAUAAUUAAAUAGAUAAAUAUAUAUAUAUAGAAAUAGAUAUAUAUAUAUCUGUGAAGAAGGUAUUGACAGCGGAUCCAGCGAAGAAAUCCUAGAUUUCUUUUGUUUGUUUGUUUGUUUUUAAACGUGGACCUUAAAAAAAUGAAUGAAAAAUAAUAAUAAGGCUGCUACCCUGAAUGUUUUGUUGUUGCUGUGUUCCUGAUAUUAGACCGUAUUGCACGCAACAAUUUGAAGUCACUUCUGAAUUUGAAGUGGCACCGUGGCUGUGUAAUUCCUAGGGCACGAUCCAGCCGAAUAUAGCCACUUCCAGAUCGGCUUGAUUUUCAUAGCGGGGGCAGGGAAUCAAGUUUGGGUAUAAAUGGGAUUUCCAAGUCUUAAUGCUGGAGGAUCGUGUCUCUAAUUAUUAUUAUUAUUACCUUUAAUUUUCUGGAAUAUGUUCUCACUGAGGUUGAGUUGUUGUUGUUGUUUGUUUGUUUGUUUCCGCCAAAAAGUCUGGAAUGUUUAUUCUCCAUCGACAGUAUGGAAAGUGCGCGACGUUGCUCUGUUGUUGUCCCCCCUCACCCCAUUAUCAGUCAUUAAAGAGCAGUCAGUGUUCUUUCUCCAUGUUAAAGCGAUCCAUUUUUUUAAAGAAAAAAAAUGUCUUGUAUAUGUAUAUAAUGUGGUG